CUUUCAUCUGUCGAGUGGUAUUAUAAAUUAUGAUACGAUUGAAGAGGGCUGUUGCAAUUUUCGGAUCGCUUACAUUGGUGGUAGUUUUCCUAACAGUUUAUUCGGCAAAAGAUCUAGGCGGUUUCCCAAACAGAGAGUCUUCAAUCAAUCAGGAUUAUAAAGAGAACAACCUGCUGCAUUUUGAAGAUAGAUUGAAGAAGCUUGAAGUAGAGUUAAAUGAGCAUCAUAAUGAGGUCCAUGAAAUUAAAGAGGCUAUGAGAUCCAUAAUACAUCCAUCUUCGAGUACCAGAUCAAUAAAAAAUUUUACAUUACCAUCGAUUGUAUCAAAAGAAGUGUCUGUAGUUACAGAAAAUGUAUAUGAUAUCAGCUGCCCCAUACAGGUCAAUUUUUUACCAAAAACAGAUAUACAAAUGCUAAAUUUGUACAAAAGUAUACCAUUUGACAACAUUGAUGGAGGAGUAUGGAAGCAAGGAUGGAAGAUAGAGAUAAAUGAAAAAAAUUGGAACCGACAGAACAAACUGAAGGUGUUUGUAGUACCUCAUUCUCACAAUGACCCAGGCUGGCUGAAAACUGUAGAAGAAUAUUAUAUAAGUCAGACCAAGCAUAUUUUAGAUAAUAUGCUCAAAAAAUUACCAGAGGAUCCUAGAAGAAAAUUUAUCUGGGCGGAAAUUUCUUAUUUUUCAAUUUGGUGGGAUGAGCUUGAAGUUAAUGAUAAAGAAACAGUACUAAAAAUGAUCCGAUCCAACCAGCUAGAGAUAGUAACAGGCGGCUGGGUGAUGAACGACGAGGCCAACUCCCAUUGGUUGUCAAUCGCACAUCAGCUGACUGUAGGUCACCAAUGGCUAGCACGCAAUCUCAACUAUACGCCCAUCACCCAUUGGUCAAUUGACCCGUUCGGACUCAGCCCGACGCAGGCGUUACUUUUGAAAGAGGCGGGGUUCAGAGAUGGGCUAAUUCAGCGGACGCAUUACUCGGUGAAGAAACGGCUUGCACAGGAAAGAUGGUUGGAGUUUAGGUGGAGACAGGCUUGGGAUGGUGCUGGGAAGACGGAUCUGUUCACUCACAUGAUGCCCUUCUACUCGUACGACGUACCUCACACUUGCGGUCCAGAUCCUAAGGUGUGCUGCCAGUUCGACUUCAAGAGACUUCCGGGACAUGGUUUGACGUGCCCUUGGAGGAUCGCUCCUCAGCCUAUCACGGACAAUAAUGUCGCCCAAAGAGCCCAACUGUUAUUAGACCAAUAUAGGAAAAAAUCCAUGUUGUUUAAAACGAAUGUGGUUUUGGCACCUUUAGGAGACGACUUUAGGUAUGAUCAUUCCACUGAGUGGGAUGUACAGUAUGAAAAUUAUCAGAAACUCUUUGAUUAUAUGAACUCAAACCUCAAUCUCAACGUGCAGGCUCAGUUUGGAACAUUAUCAGAUUAUUUCGCAGCUGUUCAUAAAGAAAAGAAACUUUCUGAAUUCCCUGUCCUUUCUGGGGAUUUUUUCACUUACGCUGAUAGAGACGAUCACUACUGGAGUGGGUACUAUACUUCUAGACCUUUCUAUAAACGGAUGGACAGGAUACUGCUCUCCUAUAUUCGAGCUGCUGAAACUAUACAUACUUUGGGAUACCUUGGUAAAAGCUCUGGAUAUUCGUGGAUAAUUGACAAGAGUACAGGCUUAGAAAAAAUGAUAGAGAAUGCAAGACAGGCAUUGUCUUUAUUCCAACAUCAUGAUGGUAUAACAGGAACCGCUAAGGACCAUGUUGUCAUUGAUUAUGGGAAAAAGAUGCUGUCAGCGAUCAAUUCGUGUCACCGCGUGAUCCAACUGUGUGCACAUGUGUUGUUGCGAGGUCCUGGAGCCACAGAAGCGGACUCUAACUCAGCUUACUAUAGUGUCGACGACGUGAGACAUUCACACGGUGACCUACCCGAAAGGCAUCAGAUCACCAUCGGGGUCCCCGAGGUGCCUAGCAAGAAGGUGGUGCUCUAUAAUUCGUUAACGUUUCACAGGAAAGAGGCUGUUACGUUUCAUGUCUCUACGCCUUACGUUGAGGUUUUAGAUUUUCAUGGCAAAAGAAUAGUUUGUCAGGUUUCACCAUACUUUGAAUACGGUUCUUCAAUGUCCCAAACAAAAUAUUUAUUAACUUUCGUUGCUGAUGUUCCUGCAUUUGGUCUAGUAGAAUAUACGAUUACUGCUGUGUAUGAAUACGAGUUACCCAAGGAGACGGUUUUCUCAAAAGUCAACAUCUACAACCACUACGCGGAUGUGAGGGCUCCAAAGGGUUUCAAACCAGAAGUUUCUGUAACUGCAAGUGAAUUCACUAUUCAAAACAAUAGGCUUACAGCGUCUUUUAAUAAAUUGGGAUUGCUCAAAGCUAUCAAAGCCGCUGGAACCUCUUAUCCUGUACAUCUGGAUUUUGCAAAAUAUGGCGCUAGAAUGCAGCAAUACUCUGAAAGAAGUGGCGCUUAUUUGUUCUUGCCUGACGGAGAUGCAGUUACAUUGCAGAUAGAAAAUACUAUAGUAAAUGUUAUUCAGGGACCAGUGAUGUCUUCAGUAUUAGUGCAGUUGCCUUACGUACAACAUUCAGUUACGCUUUACAACAGCACAGGCGGUGAUAGCUUAGGUAUAGAAAUUCACAAUACUGUCGACAUUGCUAAGACGCAUAAUUUUGAGUUGGUGAUGAGAUUGCUCACAAAAAUCAGUAACGGUGAUGAAUUCUUUACUGAUCUAAAUGGUUAUGGGAUAUUGCGUAGGAAGCGUUUUUCCAAACUUCCCCUACAAGCCAACUAUUAUCCAAUGCCAACAAUGGCGUUCAUAGAAGACUCUGAAACCAGACUGACAGUAUUGACAGGUAGUCCCUUGGGCUGCAGUUCCCUCUCCUCAGGCCAAUUGGAGAUCAUGAUGGAUCGGAGACUCAAUCAGGACGAUAACCUAGGCUUGGGACAAGGGGUACUUGACAAUAGGCCUACGAGGCAUGUGUUCAGGAUCCUUCUUGAGAAGAGACAGCAACAGCAGUGUCGGACGACAGCAGCAAACCACCCUUCUGCCUUUCCAACCCUCUCUGCACAUGUGACGUUGCAAUCCCUUCUCAACCCCCUUAUUCGGCUGCUGCGGGUGGACGACGAAGACGACACAUCGAGUGCUUUCUAUACGGGGGCAGCAAGCCCAAUAGGUGUAGACAUUUCCAUGCCCUCUCUAAGGACGGGUGUCUACGUCAAGGGAACGGAAUAUGUGGGAUUCACCUUGCAUCGGCAGAUGUUGGAACUCUGUUACGCACGAAAGGAUGUUUUGAAAGAAUUUCCGUUGAGCAGAGGGGCGGUGAACAUCGGUUCUGUGAUACCAAUAGAGCCAGGGAAAAAGCUUCGCAGGACUUCACUAUCAUUUAUGCUAGUAAAAAAUGAAGUGGAUUAUAGAGGCAACUUAUCAUUAUGUCCAAUGGAUAUGCAGACGUUCAUUUUUUGAAACGAGCAGAAGCUAUAAAAAGUAUUAAAAAUAUUCAAAUAUUUCAACUGUCGUUUGUCAAAUGUGAUGACUGAGCAUUCAUUAGAAGGAGCAUUUGGCUUGUUUAUGCACGGAUUGAAAAAAGUACAGCUAUUUUUGCGUAGUUGGCAUCUACAAGCCGUGUGUGGAUCUAAUGUUUGUUACAAUUUCAACCAAAGAUACCUUUUUCAGUGUCACAGUGGACCGUAUUUUCCAGAUGUAUUAACUAUAACAAAACAUAGUGUUAUCACUUAUAUAGCACAGCUGAAGCGUCAUAGGCAGUGUAAACGGCAACGCUAGCUAGCGGCGAAACAUGUGACUGGAUUUCCUGUCUCUCUAGAUGGGCAGCUCCGAACCAGUGUUGCCAUUUUCACUUGUUUACAAUCCAGACAAUGCUUGACUUUCAUAGUAUCAGUGUUCAGCCGGGUUUUAUUUGAAAUAUUUUAAUAAAAAUUUUAUUGCAAUCUCCUUUAUUUAAGGAAUGUAGUGACCUACGAGGCGAUGCGUAUACCCAGAAUACGCAUCUACCUUCAAAAGCAUCUUGAUAAAAACAGCUCGGUCGAUAACUCCGUUAUUACGCAUGGUAUCAAAAAAAAUUGAGUACAAAAAUUGUAGCCAAACAUACAUUUCUUUAAAUGAAAUACCCUACACUUUAUUGCAGAUUAUGGUAGGUCUUACAAAUGAAGCAAUUUGAUGUAACAUAUCAUAAGGUUUUGUUCUGAAAUUGUUGACAUAUUGCACAAUCUGCCGAAAACAACACAUUCACCUUUGACAACACGCACCCCCACAACUGACAUAGUUAAAGUACUAUAUUUUUCAUCAGUGAUCUAGUAUCUCUUUUAAUAAGAUAUUUAACUAAGCCUCUAGCAACAGAACAACCCCAAUAUGAGGUUAUUUGAUUGAUCCAAAGUGGCUGGAAAACUCUGCAAAAAACACCACUUUUCUGAGGAAGAAAAAAAAUAGCAACAAUUCGAAAAUUGCAGAAAAGGUUGAGCAUUUUUUAAUGAUUUUUUUUUCUGGAUGUUAAGCACCUCGAAGAAUUCAACUCAAAACCUGAAAAUGUAAGUAGUUAGGGAGAAAAUAUGGGAUAAAAUUUUUCUGAAGAAAAAUUCAGCAAUAGCAGUUCAGGAGGUGCAAGUUGUCAAAGUUGGGUGUUUUUUUUUUGUUCUAUAGAUAGUCCAAUAUCUCAACAAUUUGAAAACAAAACCCUAGUGUAGUAUGUUAUUUCCCAUUGUUUCGUUUGAAAGGGCGUGUUCCAAUCUGCAAUCAAAUAUAGGGCUUUCCAUUCAAAAACCUUUCUUUUGAAAGGACCACGCAGUUGGCUAUAAGUUACCGACUAGCCCACACUAAAACUCACCCUGUAAAUUUAAAGUAAAAAAUGUUGCUUCAAGCUGCUACUGGUUGACAUCAACAUACAAAUUAGAUUAAAGCCUUCGAAGUUUUGCUGAAUAUAACUGAUAAGGUGAUUAUGUCAGAAUUGAAAAAGAUGUCAUAGCGUUUCAUAUCUUCGUUGUUAAAAGCGGGUGUAACUUAUUGUAAAAUAAUAUCCACAGCAAACGAAAAUAAAAUAAAACUGGUAUUAUAAUGUACGCUUUUAAGAUAAACUGCAUACAGUUUUUUGUACAUAGGUAUAGUUUAGCUAGUACCAAUUUUGUCAGGGGUAGAUAAUUUCACACUCAAAUAAAAUAAAUCAAUGUAACAUCA